GUAAUUAAUAAAACAAGAGCUAAAGCGCAGCGAGGGCGCCAAAGUAAAUUACUGGCUUGCUUAAUACGCGUCGGUAUAUGAAAACCAGUAUUUUUCACGACAAUAAAGCUUAACGGUUGGCUAAAAGUGUCGUUGGUUGACACACAGUCAGCUUUCUUUCACCGCAUUCAGAGUAGAAUUGAACUCGGCGUGGUCAAGUUUGUUGUGCGCUGUGAUUGAACACAUACAAUUUUGUACAAUAAAAGAUAAUACAGAUUUAUUUAUAUUAUUUAUUUACUGAUAAUUACAAGAUAUGAGCGAGCAAAAGUAUUUGAAUUUGAACAAUGGCUUGCGAAUGCCAAUACUUGGUUACGGCACUUGGAUGGCUAGUGAGGAAGAAAUCAACACAGCUGUAAAUGAAGCGCUCAGGGUGGGCUACCGUCACAUUGACACGGCACCAGUGUAUUUAAAUGAAAAGGCCAUUGGAAAUGUGUUAACCAAGUGGUUUUCUUCUGGAAAACUAAAGCGAUCCGAUUUAUUUAUCACUACCAAGUUACCACCACCAGGCGCUGACAGACCCGAUCUAGUUGAGCUGACAUUGAGAAAAUCGCUUGCGGAUCUUCAACUAGAUUAUGUCGAUUUAUAUCUAAUACACACACCUAUAACUGUGGUUGUAGACGAAAAGGGUGCAUUCAAGCAUCAUGAAGAUGGAACCGUAAUUGUUGAUCCUAGCACUGAUCUUGUAGCUAUUUGGAAGGAAAUGGAGGGUCUGGUCGCAAAAGGCUUGACUAAAUCGAUUGGAAUUUCCAACUUUAAUGUGAAGCAAAUCGAGCGGAUUCUACAGAACUGCACCAUUCAGCCAGCAGUCUUGCAGAUCGAAUACCACAUUUAUUUGCAACAACCAGAACUAAUCGAGUAUUGCAAAUCUGCAAAUAUAGCCGUGACCGCCUACUCGCCGCUCGGCUCCAAAGGUGUAGGAAACUUGAACAAGAGCGCCGGCGUGGACCGCGAAUUACCCGAUUUACUUGAAGUGCCCGUGGUCAAGAAGAUCGCACGAAACCAUAACAAAAGUGAGGCACAAGUGUUGCUACGUUGGAUUGUUCAAAAAGGUAUAUCGGUUAUACCAAAGAGUACCAAUUCUAAACGUAUGUGCGAGAAUAAGAAUAUCUUUGAUUUUAAAUUGAGUGCGGAGGAAAUUGAACAGCUCAAUAAUUUGGAUGCAAAUGUACGUGUGGUGAAUUUCUCAUUUUUCCCAGGCGUUGACAAGCAUCCAGAGUUCCCCUUCUAAGCGUUUUAGUUACGCACGGCAAAUAACAACUGAUUCACUCUUUUAAUAUGUAUUGGAAUAUGUAUGAAUUAAUGUUAACUGUUUCACAUGAAUAGAUAGACCCUGGGGUGCACACAUAAAAUAGUUUAUACAACAAAAAGAAAAUAAACACAUUAUUUAAAUGUUUCAGCAACCGGCA